AUGGCGGUGCGUUCCCUCGAUUCUUCAUUCUUUGGCUCCGUGGUCUCGCAACGCGCUCCUUUUCCCGGCGACCGUUGCGCGGCGGAAAGGGUCCCCGCUCCGCAACCCGCGCGUCCGCCGCCGAUUCUUCGCGGCCGACCGGACCGCUCCGUUGCGCGCCCGUGCACGAUCCCCCCGGUCUGUGUAGCGCAUAUCGUAGCCGCGGUCUGGUUCGAUGACGACGUGGACGAUCCGCGGUUUGCGGGGUGGGACGGCGGCAGUAGCGCUGGCGGACGGGCGGGGAGACGAGGGGGGAGGCGCGGAGAGAACGCGGAGCAGGCGGGAGCGCGUGCGACCCGCAGGAAGGCGAAAGACUCGAAACGCGGUCGGGGAAACAGAGCGGCUGACGUGGACAAGGAGGGCGAGCAGCAGGGGAGCAGAGCGAAUGGGGGUGAAAGGAUGAGAAUGAAUGGCGGUACUCCCAGCACUAGUAGCACCCCCUUUACUGGGGAGGCAGCCAUUCUAACGGUACCUGCUACGGAGAGUCGAGUGCUCGCUGAGACUGCAACAGCCGCUGGUUUCAGGGAAGCUGUGACAACCCCAGCCGGCACAGGUCAACCAACAGCAUCAACAGCAGGAGUAGCAGGAGCAGGAGGAGCAGCAGCAGGAGCCUCGUGGGCUGUGCAGGAUGGAGUGUCCUCGGCUGUUCCUUCGUCGUCCUCAUUCGUGAAACCGCUCUCCACGCUCUACCCUCGUGUGCCCUGCCGCGUCUGCCAAGAUACCAAGCUGGUGGAGUGCGCAUGUUGUGAUGGUGUUGGCACACUGGCUCGCGGAGGCUUCCAGAAGAAAAACCCAGUCUCUGUUUCAAGAAUCAUAGGAUCCAAGUGGACAGCCAUGGUGCGCACGCAUGGUUGGCACCACUUCAGAGUUGAAUCCAAGAGAAGGAUGGGAGGCAAUGCUGCAGGCAGACGCAGAGGCACAGCAAUGGGUGAAGCUGAGAUGCCUGCAGAGAAAGUUGUGGAUGGGGCUGGCAAUCCAAUCAUUGUGUGGAAGGCUGCUGGGGAUUCUGCUUCUAGCUCGGGAUUAGGCUCGAAAAGUGACUGGUUUGUGGAGAUGGUGGCGACAUGUGACCCUAGCACUCGAGUUUGGGUGAAUGCACACAACCUGAAGGAUCGGAGACAUUGGGCCAUGGGCUGGCUGCAGAAGGAGGAACUGCAAGCCCUGGAUUUUUUCUCUGCUAGCGAACAGGUUUCAGGGCUUGGGGCAGGAUCAGGAGUAGAUGGAGGGAGCAUCGAUGGGCUCUCAAAACGUCUGGUAUGCAAGGCAUGUCAAGGGCAGGGCAAGGUUGCCUGUCCCAGAUGCAAAGAGCUGGCAGAGAUGAGGGAAAAGGAGAGAGAGCGACGGAAAAAUGAAGGUGGGAGGGAUGGGUUUGAUGAUGACUUUCAAGAUGAUGGACUGCUGGAAAUAAUCCAGAUUUGA